UUCAGAAACAUUUUUGCAGGAGAGUAGCCCGUUUAUUUAUUUUUAUCUCCGUGCAGGCAUGUAAACCGAUAACAACGCCACCACUGCCCUGCCAUUAGACAAGUGGUCUGUUUUUCUCCCGUCUCCACAACGACAAAGCCAGUUGCCGUGCCUCUUGUAAGUGGCCUGUUUUUCCAGUGUGGAGAGUACAGCUGCCUUAUCUGGGUCUUGCUCCAGGUCCAGUUGGCAGCGCUGGGCGGACGAAGGGGGAGGCAGUGCUGGGGGACUGGGCCAGCCUGCCAUCUGAUCCCUGUCAACACAUCACAGGCUGACCGUCGUUCCAAAACACGGUCAGCAUAGAGAGCUCUCGGCAGCGAUGAGCAGCGUCCUGGAGGAUCGGCCGUUUGGCUCGCGCUACACCAACGUCUACCUCUCCAUUUUCGUCCUCUUCUGCUUCAAGCUGUUUGUGAAGAUUAGCUUGAACAUCCUUACACACUUCUACGUUGUCAAGGGGAACCGCAAGGAAGCGGCCCGUAUCGCAGCUGAGUUCUACGAUUUUGGCCAAGGGCACAGCUCAUGGGCAGAUCGAUCUCCACUCCAUGAAGCUGCAAGCCAAGGUCGGCUGCUGGCUCUAAGGACCCUUCUGUCACAGGGUUACAAUGCAAACAUCCUCACCAUUGAUCAUGUGACCCCGCUCCACGAGGCGUGUCUGGGAGAUCAUGUGGCCUGUGCCAGGGCUCUUAUUGAGGCGGGUGCUAACGUGAACGCCACCACCAUUGAUGGAGUUACUCCUCUGUUCAAUGCCUGUUCGGCGGGCAGUGCUCCAUGUACAGAGGUGCUUUUGGAGCAUGGUGCCAAUCCCCAGCCUGGCAUAUGCCAACCCUCGCCCAUUCAUGAGGCCAGUGGCAAAGGAUGGAGCACUUGCGUGGAGGCUCUCAUAGCGUGGGGGGCAGAUGUUGACUACAACAUCCCCCACCUAGGAACACCCCUCUACAUCGCCUGUAUCUCGCAAGAGCUAGAGUGUACUCGGACACUUCUAGACGGAGGUGCCAAUGUGCAGAAGGGUCGAUUCCUGGAAACACCCCUCCAUGCAGCGGCGCAGAAGGACAGCCCGGAUAUCAUCAAAGUGCUGCUGGAAUUCGGUGCCAACGUGAACGCUCGCAACCUGGAGCUGCAGAGACCAGUGGAGACAGCGCCCCCUGGCAGCACAGCAGAGGGUGUGCUACUUCUAUAUGAAGCAACCCCACGCUCUCUAAGCCAGCUAUGCAGGCUGAGGAUCAGAGAGUAUCUCGGGCGGUCCAGACUGCACCUCAUACCCCAGCUCAGACUGCCCACCCUGCUCCAGAGACAGUUCUGGAAGGUCAGAUGUGCAAAAUGGCAGUACUGGAACAGAGAUUUCUGGCCUCUGCUUUUGGACGAUAGUUAAUAAUUACAUGUCAGUGUCAGUAUUCCAGUAUCUUUUUUUUGUUCUGAUCUCUCUGUAUAACCAGAUGUAUUCAAUCCGCUGAGCUAGUGGACAAUCUGUAGAGCACUUCACCAAACUGGAACGUAUCAAAAAAGUUCUCCACAGAAAUAAAGAAACCAUGGGAAUGUUU